AGGCAUGAAUCCUUUCCACGUCCGCCAUUUUGACAUACGGUACUUUUCGAGAGUGUUGGUUUUAUGUUUUAUCGUUUCUCGUGAAAAUAAUCUUUUUUACUGAAACGUAAGUAACGCAAGUGACUUAUACGGGCUACGUGACAUUACGGGAAAGUCUCGGUAAUCAGACGACGUUUAUAAAUAAUGGAAGUUUGAGCGGGGAACCUUUGACGAUUCGCUGGGGAGUAGGUCGAAGGUGACAGACAACCGGGUGUACGCAGUGGCUUCGCAAACCGCACAAUAUCUUCCGCCUUGCUCGCAAUACCUCGGUGUUGGCGUUUUAGGUAGCCGAUCACGUUUUAAAAGUGCAUAGACCACCGACAAAAGACUCUAAAGUGAUCCCUGACGGUAUUUAUAUAACCAACACUAGCCAUGGGGAAUAUGUUUACGACAUUAUUUAAAGGCCUUUUUGGCAAAAAAGAAAUGAGGAUUUUGAUGGUGGGUCUCGAUGCAGCUGGUAAAACUACAAUUCUGUACAAAUUAAAAUUAGGGGAAAUUGUUACUACAAUUCCCACUAUAGGUUUCAAUGUAGAAACAGUCGAGUACAAGAAUAUAAGUUUUACUGUAUGGGAUGUGGGUGGCCAAGACAAAAUCAGACCUCUCUGGCGACAUUACUUUCAGAAUACACAAGGACUGAUAUUUGUUGUUGAUAGUAAUGAUAGGGAACGUAUUGGUGAAGCGCGCGAAGAAUUGAUGAGAAUGUUAGCAGAAGAUGAGCUUAGAGAUGCAGUACUUCUUAUAUUUGCUAACAAACAAGAUCUCCCAAAUGCAAUGAAUGCAGCAGAGAUAACUGAUAAGUUGGGCUUGCACUCUUUGCGUAAUCGUAAUUGGUACAUUCAAGCAACGUGUGCCACAAGUGGAGAUGGACUUUACGAGGGCCUUGAUUGGCUCUCCAAUCAGCUCAAAAAUGCCAAUCGCUAAUUGGAACGUUGUUCUGUCAACAUUCAGUUGCUAUAUUAACAUCAUAAAAAUCAGCUGCACACCUGUCCCCCCCCCCCCACGAAUGAGUAAUAAUAUAAAAAAGGUAAUACUAAGUGCAAACUACAAGAUCUCUUGGAUCUUAAGUGGAGGGUGGAGAGAUUAUCGAAAGUUGUCAUUGUGCCAGGAAGUUUUUGGGGGGAGAGGAGUGGGGAAACGGCCGGAAGCACACAUUCGAACGGCCACACAGGACUAUUGCCUUGUGCAACUUAUUAUUAUAAUUAUUAUUAUAUUAGCAUUAUAGUUACACUUUUUACACAGAGAUACCACGAGAAAAGUGGAAAACUUGGAAGUAAUUGUAUUAAAGUACCUAACUCUGAAACAUACAAUACACAUUCGUUAAUUAAUAAUUUGAAUAUCUUUGAAAAAAAAAUUUAAGAACAAAAAAGUGAAGUACCCACGGUGUUGUCAGUUUGAACGCGUUGGACAUACUGAUUAUCAUAAUGUAGCUGCAUAUUGUACAUUACAUUAUAUAAAUACGAUGAUAAAAAUGUGAUCAAUAGAUGAGAGAAUGUUGCUCUGUCCACUACAUUACAAAAUGUCACAUUGGCCCAUCAGUUGACAUGUUUAAAUGCAGUGAAUGGUAACUGACGGUGCAAUGACUUACUGUUUCUAGUUACAAAAGUUUGUUUCUAUUUUUUUAAGUUUUCAGUGGUAUACGUCGAAAAAUGCAAAGCGAAACUAUAUACAAAUGGUUGUCUUACUGCUUGGCUAUCGGCAGGUGUAGAGUUGCACCCCCCUUCACCUGUUUGCGAUAAAACUAACAGCCAGUCAACCAUGUAUAUCUCAGUGUAAAAGAGAUAUCAUUUAUUUAUUGCACCUUGAUAAGGUAAAAUUAGAAUAUUGUCAACAUUCCGAAAUUAUGCAUCGAUCGUGGCGGGAAAUGCAGAUGAAUCAUUUUUAAAUAAGUGAAGAAAGUGAAAGAAAGAUGCUUUAAAAAAAAAGAAACGUGAAGUAAAGAAAAAAAAAAAAAAAAAGAAACUAGGAAAGAACCUCUCGCAGCAAAGAGAGGAUAGGCCUCGCAAUUUCUAAGCCAGCAAUUCAAACUGGCAUGGCAAUUUGCCAGAUGAAGCCAUUUUCGCAAGCCCUUCAAUCUCCUAAUGUUUUCCUGUCCUCGAAAUACAUUGUUUUUACGAAAUAAUCUUCCCCUAACUGAUCAAAUCGCCUUUCCGUCAUAUGCGAAGAUUCGUAUAAUUAUAUAUGAAUGUUUAAACAAUUUGUGAAAUAUACUGUAAUUGUGCUUUA